CGAUGUGACGGCAGAAAGCCGCAGUAAACAGCAGCUCUGUCCAGCCAGUGAGCGGAACCCUCCCGUGUGUACCCAGCUAGCAUGGCUCUCUGUCGGCCGGCCGGACAGUAGCCAGCCCGCCUGCCCGCUGCAGCAGCAGCAGCAGCCUGUCCUCCUCCUCCUCUUCCUCCAGCCUUGUGGAGCUGUGUGAGUGUUCCUGGCCGGAUCCCUGCAGCACUCUCCGCAGCUCCAAAUGGCUGGACACGAGUUGGAGGACUGGUUCGAGCGGGAGGAAUUUAUCGGACAGAUCAGCGACAUCCGAGUGCAGAACCUGCAAGUUGAAAGAGAACUGGUUCAGAAGAGGACUUUCACCCGAUGGAUCAACCUACAUUUAGAAAAGUGUGACCCUCCCAUUGAGGUCCAGGACCUUUUCCGGGACAUACAGGAUGGACACAUCCUCAUGGCACUGCUGGAGGAGCUCUCUGGCUGCAAGCUGCUUCACGGGUUCAAGAGGUCCUCCCAUCGAAUUUUCAGACUCAACAACAUCGCCAAGGUCCUGUCUUUCCUGGAGGAGAGAAAUGUAAAGCUGGUCAGCAUCGAUGCAGCUGAUGUUGCUGAUGGAAACUCCUCCAUCAUCCUGGGACUCAUCUGGAACAUCAUUCUCUUCUUCCAGAUUAAGGAGCUCACUGGGAACAUCAGGAGCCAGUUCCCCUCCUCCUCCAGCCUGUCGUCCAUCCCCACCAGCUCGGACUCCGACGCAACCUACUGCAGCACGCCGUCAGACGAGAGACAGUCGGCGUCGGCGGCCAUGCGAGAACACAGUAGGGCCAUUAAGAAACUGCUGCAGUGGGUACAGAAGCGAACACGCAAGUAUGGUGUGGCAGUGCAGGACUUUGGGAAGAGCUGGAAGAGUGGUCUGGCCUUCCUGGCUGUCAUUAAGUCCAUUGACCCCAGCCUGGUGGACAUGAGGAAGGCACUGCUGAGGACCGCCAAGGAGAAUCUGGAGGACGGCUUCAGGAUAGCCCACUACAGCCUGGGUAUCCCACGCCUCCUGGAGCCUGAGGAUGUGUCUAUCAAUUCCCCAGAUGAGCAGUCCAUCAUGAUGUAUGUAUCACAGUUCCUGGAGCACUUCCCUGGCAUAGAGGAGCCGGAGGAGCCCUGCCAGCUGAUUGAACGAAGUGUCUCUAUGGGCCGAAUCAACUUCCGCGACAGUGACUCCACCCACAUAAGGAAUAGCGCUCACCGAAGCAGAGUGAAGGAGAGGUCCUACAUGUUCCAGAGGGCUUGUGCCCAUCCCCCACCCAAAAUCUUAAUUUCCUCUGUGUCGGAGGACCGGAGCGCCAAGUCACCCCCCUUCAGGCCGGCUGCAGCUCGCUCGUGGUCCAGCGAAGACUUCUUAGCAGAUUCCCCCCACAUGGGAGACAUCUCCAGCAGUGUAGUUGAAGAGCCCAAGGAGUCUGCCAGUGAGGUCUUAACCAACUCAACCUCUAACUCCCCACAACUGUCUUACACUCACUCGCCCACGGGCUCAUCAUUGCCCGAGUCUGUAAACACUGAGUCAGUAAUUGGCGACUCUGCAAUCAGCUCACCGGACUCCUGGAUGGAGAGUGAGUGUGGGGUGAUGCCAGAGAAGUUUUGUGAAAGCCGAAGUGACAGUUCUUUGUGCGACAGUGGGACAGCCUGGGAUGUGUAUCGUGCCACCCCGGUGGAGGUCACGACUCUUGAUGAAGGACUUGUCCUAUCCAUAGAGGAUAGAUCCGCUGAUGAGCAGUCGAUUACUGAGUCAUAUAUCGAUGAAGGGAUUUACUCACUGAGCUCACUGGAGAGCACUCAGGAGAGAAUUCAAGGGCUCUCUGAGAAAAGGCAAGCAGAAGUAGUGAAAGAGAAAGAGGCAAACCAUGAGAAUGACAACCAGGAUAUGGCACUAGAGCAUGUGCCUGAUCAUAGCAAAGCUGAGAUUACAGAAGAAGUAGACUCUAAACAGAUGCAUAUGAGUCAGAGCAGAGAGCAAAAACCUUCUAUUGGACCGUUUGAUGCAGAAGAACUGACCAGCUGUGGUGCUGAAAAUAUCCUUGAAAGUGAUAAAUCAAACCAGUCCCAAGUCAAGCAAACCAGUGUUGAAGAGAGUACUUGCAGGGAACCGGAAUGUUUAAAGAAAGCUGUGGACGUCGUUUGGAAUGCACAGGACCAUGAAGGACAAAUUAAUGGUCGAACUGAAAGUCAGAAUGAGAGAAAUAACUCUGAGGAGUCUGAGGGGAAAAAAGAUUCUUUGUCAGAGGAGUCAGGGAUUUUAAAGGAAGGGCGUGAAGGGGUUGUAGAUGAAGCAAGUGAAGGUGUUCUAAGAGACUACCUAGAUGCUCAACAGAGUUUUAGCUCCGAGACUUCAGCAAACACACAUCCAACCAACCACGACAGCCAAGCUUCAAAAACAAGUCUGGACCCAAGCUCGGGCAUAAAUAUUCCUCUGAUCUCUAUUUCCAGUGAACCAGAAGAGCAGGACAAAGAGGGGACAUGUGACCCAGAAAGACAAGAUCAUGCUAGGGUUGAUGAGGUACAUCAGCCAGAGGGAGCUGACACAGAUGUCAACAGUCCUCAUGAAUUGAGCUGUGACUUCAAUGACAAUGUUGACAUUCCUUCCUGCCCGGUAUCAGAAAAUGUUAAACCAACAGCUUCAGAACAAAUAAGGGACAUAGAAAGCCGGCAUUUGGAUGAAGAUGAUGUCAGCAGAUCAUCUAAUGCAGACAUAUGUGGGUCAGACACAAGAGAUACCACAGCAACGAGUGAAGCCAAAUGUGAGUCUCCUCACUAUGACUCUGAGACAGGUAACACUGAGAAGGACUCAAAAUCUCAGACUUCUUCUACGGAUGCUAAAUCUCAACCUGUGAAGACGGGUCAGGAAACAGAUUCAACUGAUCAACCGAAUGGAUGCCCGCGCAAACUGGGGGACACCUUUUCUGACAAUGAAACUGCGUCCACACAUCAGAACACAUUAGAUCCAGUCAACUCAAAGCUGAAUGGUACGACAGGGAUCUCGUGUCAUGAACCAGCUAGUGUUUCCAGAGACGUGGACUUGUUUUUUACAGACUUUGAUCAAAAUUCUCCCACAGAAGAUGUGGUUGGGGACCCCAUCGAACCCAUGGAUCUGUUCUACCCUGACAAAGAGGAGUCCAUGUUUACAGAGCCACCUGAUACUGAAAUGCAGAGUUGGCCUUCAGUUUUGAGUGUAUCUGCUCUCCAGCCAGCGCCAGCUUCAGAGACUCAACCUGACCAACUGCUGGGCCUGCUGGGUGAGGACUUCAAGGACGGAGUGGAUGCGAUACAAGAGAAUGACAAGACCAACCAGGAGACAGAGAAAGCAUCUAAAUCCCAGGAGCACUGUUUGUUGCCCGAGGAGCAGAUAGGAGGAGUCUGGGGCGGUGAUGUUCCAGCAGACGGCAGUGAUCUCAGUGUGGCUGAGCAGCACAGCUCAGGCUCUGCCAGGGAAAACACAGAGCCUGUGAGGAGUGACAGUAAAAGUCUCAAGAGACGGGAUGAAAGCCAGAUCGCUCCAGUUCUCCGUCACAGAAAGGGGGCUCGCUUCACUGAGUCCACGGACAAUCGGACAGCUGUGACUGCAGCGACCAGAGAAGCUGACCAAGGUGACUCUGAUAUUUGGGGGAGUGACAGCUGGGAGUUGUAUGUGCUGCUGCUGCUGUGGCUGCUGCUCUACUGUUUCUGGCUGCUGCCUCAGAUGGACCUGAAGACACUGCCCAGCCUGCUGCUGAACCUCAACCACUGAACACACACUCACACACACAUAUGUUACAGGCAAAAAAAUAAAAAUUUGUCAAAUAUAUAAACUUCAAUGCACCACCACAAAAACAAACAUAUACACACACAUACAGCUCAACUGCCACUCCUCUUUCCUCUCCAUCACACUGACUGUACAUCUAGAUCAAGUGAAGGCAUUUAAAGAUACACAUUUCUAACUACUAGAGCUCAUUUUUUAGGUUUUUGCUUUUUAGCUUUCGAUGUGGCUUGAAGUAAUCUGUAUGACAAUGUGUUAGGGCCACUGCUAGGGAAAAUGAAGUCUGAGAUUUUCGAGAAAAACUCAUGAUAUUAUGAGAAUGAAAUGUGUUGAAUAAAGUUGUACAAUUUUGAGAUAAAAAGUAAUAAUACUUUGAGAGUUAGCCUGUACAUUUACAGAGAGUCACUUUAAAAGGAAAAACUUGUGUUAUUACAAAUUAGGUUGCACAUUUUUGAGGAAAUGUCAUGAUAAUAAUAAUAAUGUUAUAAUAAUAAUAUUUUUUUAAAAGGUCAGUGCUAUAAUAAUAGACUAGGAAUUCUAACGAAAUGUCACAAUAGUAUAAGAAUUAAAUCAUAACUUCCUUGUAAAAUCAAAAUUCAACUUUAUUUCUCAAUAUUAAGACUUUUUAAGUUGUGUCUUUAUUCUCCAAAUAUUGACUACUUGCUCAUAAAAUAAUGGCUUUAUUUGUGUAACAUAACUUUUUCUCAAAAUUACAACUUCCCUCUCAUAACAUUUCUCAAAAUGUCCCAAUUUAAUUCUGGAAAUCUCCUAGCUGUGGCCUUGAUAUUCUGUUUUAAAGACACUAUAGAAACUAGUGGUUUAUUGCUAUGCGAAGCCGACAGAGUUGACAUUGUAAGACAGUAUGACUGUACAGCACACUCUGAUUUGUAGAUAGAGAUAUAUGCUAUGGAUUAAUGGAUGCACAGUUGCCUAUCUGAAUAGCCAUUUAAGAAGAUGUUUAAAGGUAACACUACUUUAAGCUGAUAAUGGAAAUAAUGGAAAUAGUGGAGCUGAAGCAGGAAAAUGAAAGCAAGAAUAUAUAUAUAUAUAUAUAUAUAUAUAUAUAUAUAUAUGAUACAGCCAGGCUUUUUGAGCUGUACUGUUGUAGAGAUAACUAAUGAAGGGGAAUUUUGAUCUGUUGCACUUUUGAAAAAUAAUACAAACUGCCAAAGAUAGUGGUGGAAGUGCUAAUACAGAACGUACACAACUCACCACAAGCCCAGUAAUGGAGAUCUUGUUUUUAACACGUAGAACAUCUCGUAUAACUCUUGUACUAAAGCAUCACCCCAGCAGCUCUACAUUGUUAAAUAGUUGAGGCAGAAUAUGUAUUUGUAAUAUUUUAUGGCUCAUAAUGGAUUUUUAAAAACUUUUAUGACAAAGAAAUGUUUUAUGUGAUUGAGCUAUGCUUGAGCUUGUCCAAUGGAAAGAGAAUGCUUUACAAUGAAAUAUCUUUCUAUAUGUUAUUUUUGGACAUUGUCUGUAAUGAAGCACUAUGACAACAUC